GCGCGAAUCGUACUGCGGAAAGCGGGGGCAGCCCCGGCCCAGGAAGGUUAACGCUUUCGUAGCAGCGCGGCCUUGGUCCAGACGGACUCCCAUACCCCACCCCAGCCUCCUCCCUCCUCCCUGGGGGCGCUCCCGCCCGCGGCUUGGUCCAUUCGGCGUCCCCCCACCCCCGCCCUCUCCGCGCACGCUCCGUGUCCCCGGAAGGAAAACUGGAGGGGCAGAGGGGUGUUCCGGGGCCGGUCCCUUCCCAGUGCCUGAGUCCCUGACCUUGUCCCGCUCCCUCUAUUUUCCUGCCCUGAGCAUCGUAGUCCGCCACCCCGUUCCGGUCCCCACGGCGAGGGGACAGAACUCCUCCAGUGCUCAGAACUCUCUGCGGAUGGGGUGGGAUAAAAGGAGGAUGGAGGGUGAAGAAAAGGCUGAAUGGGGGUGGGUUACGCAGGAAGUGGGGCCUAGGCACCCCCUUCACCGAAGUGGGCCCGGGCUCUUGGCUUAGGGGCCACACAAAUGCGGGAAAUGCGUCUGUGCCCGCCACUGCCCCUACCCUGACCGGAGGGCGGCGCUGGGGAUUGACCCUCCACUCCGCCUCAGCCUUCAUGUUCUAAGAUCCAGACCCCUUCCGCACCGAGACCCGCACUCCCCUAUCCCCGGCUCACUGCCUCCAUCGCUGCACCCCGAGUCAGCUCCCGUGGCACGGGGUUUGCCCUGGGGCCGCACUGAGGGUCAAAUGGGUCAGCAUCCUCCAGGGGUCAGUUAGAAAUCUCCUCUAGGCUGAGAGAGGGAAUUGAGGUUGAUGGGGUGAUCAAGGGAGACCUUAUAUGACAACUCCUUUUCUCCCAACAACGAUAGAGACCUUCCUGUAACCUUGAGGAAAAUUAACUAGGGUCCACAGACUGUUCUGCAGUCUCUCCUCAGCUCAUGCCGUGCCAGCCUUCUGAGAAAUCUGUCAAGGAGGGAGUGAAAAAAUUCACCGCUGUUCAAGCUCUUCCUCCUCCUCGGCUGAUGGGAUUCUGGACUCAGAAGAACUCCACAUCCUUGCCCCGGCAGAUGCUUAUUCGCAGCUGAGCCCUGUUUUCAAAACAGGUGGUCCAAGGUAUAAACAGGAUCUGAAUGAAGUUGGCUUAAUAGCAACAGUCACCUGGAGUCAAGUGAGGAGUGGUCUCAUCCCUCACAAGGACAUCUACCUCCUCCUUCCUGUAGUUAUAUCUUUGCCUUUUGGAAAACAGGGUUUUGUUUGUGUCUUACACAUCUUUUUCUGGACUUAAAAGGAAAGUAGGUAUGUUGUAACUUUUCAUUAAUAUUUGCUGGGUGAAUGAAAAAGGCUUCUGACAUCCAUUCUGACUCCAAAUUCAUUCAUUAUUAUUCACACUAUACCAUUCUAUCUUUUCGUAAUUAAGAAGACUUAAUAAGGUAGAGAGGGAAGAUGGAAAAUCCAGGAGGAAAACCCAGUUUAUAAAUCCAACGCAGGGAAGAACGAAAACCCCUUCCCCACCUUGUUUUCCUCAAAUUUUCAAAGAUUCUAUUUUAGGGGCCUUCAGAUUUCUACAUAUAUAAUUCGAUGGUAUCAUGAACAAACUAAGUUAUAUAGAAUAUAUUUUUUGUCCCUAAAAUAACAGAUUGACUUUCUAAAGAGUGUUUUUAAGUUGCAUGCUUCUCUUUUACACAAAAUUUUCAUUUUGUUCCCCACAAAUAAUGAUUGGGGGGGAAGAUGUAGGGAACCUUAAAGGUCAUUUAGUCAAUCCUCUUAGUUUACAAAUUAAGAAAUUUGGUCCAGAGAAAUAACUGAAUUGCCUAAAGUUACAUAAAUAGUAAAUGGCUAAGUUGCCUUUGAAGUGAAUACCUUUUGUUUUCAGACAAUAUAGUUGUAUUUUCAGAGUUCAUGAUUUUUUACUAUAAUCCUAUUUUUAUUUUUUUUAAACAACUGCUCAGAUGUAAAUCAGACUAAAUGACCUUUAAAGUUCCUUAUACCCUGAGAUAUUGUAUAAUGACUUGCAAAAAAAAAAUUUUUUUUUUAGUACUGCAUGUUUUUGUAGGGGAAAAGGAAGCCAUUAAGACCCAAAAGAUAAACUGGGUGAGUCAGAUAACUCUGACCUAAAGUUUUGCUUGUAGGACUGGCUGGACUGGGUUAUUAGCAAUGUUGAUACUUACGAGGUUAGUUGAGAAAAAAGUAAAAGCAAGGAAAAAACCCAAUUAGGCAAAUGAAGACAAAGCAAGAAUUUUGCUUUAAAAGAGAUUUUGGAGGCUUUGUUGGGGAAUUGGCUCCUGAGAUUCAUUGAUUAUCUAGCUGACCUUUGUUGAUCAGCAAAGGACUAGAUGAAAGAACUAGUUAAUCACCCCUGGAGCUUAUUGAAGUCCAAGAAAGUAGAUGAGUAUAUAAGAGUUGGAAUCAUAAUUGGGAAGAACAAUUACAAAAUAACCAAAAGUAAAUGUUGCAAAAUUAAAAAGAAUCGGCAUGGCCCUAAAGAAGACAGGUGAAAAGACUUCUCUCCAACUCCUUGGCAAACAUGUGAGGUCUAUAGGCCUGGUGACUGACAGAAGGUGACCACUGUAGCAAUUGUAGUUGUGAUAUCUUCAAAUUGCUGAGCUGAGAGAGAGCUUGAUGUCUCAGGAAGUUGAGGAACCAGCUGGGGACCCUGGAAUCCCAAAGCCAGGAGGCAGCGUUAACAUGGAGUUAGGGACUCGCCAAGAACUUUUGCAUCGACUUCGGGAACUGGAGGCAGAAAAUUCAGCACUGGCCCAGGCCAAUGAGAGUCAGCGAGAGACCUAUGAGCGCUGCCUGGAUGAGGUUGCCAACCAUGUGGUACAGGCACUUCUGAAUCAGAAGGACUUACGUGAAGAAUGCAUCAAAUUGAAGAGGAGGGUAUUUGACUUGGAACGACAGAACCAGACAUUGAGCACUCUCUUUCAGCAGAAGUUACAGCUUUCAGCAGGUUCUCUUCCACAGCUCCCAUUACAUCCACUACAAUCAAUUUCAGAGCCACUAGCCACCACCCUCCUGAAUACUGAAGAGGGACCAGCAGCCUUACUGUCAAUGGGGCCCUGUACUGGACAAAAAGAGGUAGGCUGUGAGCAGCAGCAGCAGCAGCAGCAGCAGCAACAGCAGCAGCAGCAGCAGGCCUUGGGUAGUCUGGGCCCCCAAUUGGAUGCUCUUUCCCCAUUUCUGAAGAAAAAAGCUCAGAUACUGGAGGUGUUGAGGAGCCUAGAAGAAACUGAUCCCCUGUUACUGCACCCCAUCACAGCUUCAUGGAGGGCAGCAGGGCAGUGUUCCCAAGGGGAUCCCAGCAUCCACUCUGAUUGUUCCUUCAAGGGCAAGGCAGGUGAAAAAUGGAAUCCAGGUGAGAGGCUGGGCUCCCCAGAACCAGUCAAUGGUGAAGUGUGUACCUCAUCCCUGCCAGAGCCUGCACCCUGGGCAUCCUGCCUACUCCUGGGCCCUAGUGGACUAGGGGGACUACUCCGGUGGGAACCUGUCCUGGGGAGCCCACUGGGUGAGGAGAAGUUGGGGAGGCUUUGGGGCAUGGGCCAGGAAUCCCAAAGGUCUCCAGCACCACAACCUGGCCUCCACAGUGGACAAGGCAGCAGCAGUAGCUCUUCCUCAGAUGAAGCUGGAGAGCCAGGAGAGGCAUUAACACCAGCUGCCCUUCUCAAUGCCUUGGCCCGAAAGCAACUGAACCUGGAUCAGUUGCUGGAGGACACAGAGUCUUACCUACAGGCUUUCCUUUCAGGGGCUGGAGGGCCCAACAGUGGAAUUACACCACCUGCCAAUGGUCCUGGCUCAGGACAACCACCCCUGCCCAGUGAAGGGCUUCCCCAGUCUCUAAGACCCAAAGGUCUUCCCAAGACAGCAUGGGGUGGGGUAGGAUCUGAACCCCUCAAGCCAGGCUUAAGCACUACCUCAGAGGGCAAUGGGGCCCUCCCCUUCCUCAGUGUGCUUGUGGAUGGGGGAGACACCUCUCCAGGCUCAUGGCCCAGUUACCCCCUUUCCUCAUCUCAGGUGAAAAGCGAGCUCCAAAUUAGCCCCUCUUCCCCCAUUGAGACCCAGGAACUCAACUUCUCCCCACCUAAGAGUCUCAAUUUCUUGAAGUUGUCUCUAGUCUCAGAGAAGGCCCCUAGCCCUGGCACCCCUCAUCUCAGUCCCCAGUUGCCCCGAAGCUCUCGGAUACCUUGUUGGAAUGGGGGUCCAGAUGGGAGUUCUUCUCCCAUGCUUACUCACCAAGGCCUUGGGGGUGAACUGGCUCCUGAGAUAGUUGCCCAGCGCCAAUCCACCAGCUCCCCACCCACCCUCAUUGUGGACUCCAUCCAGUUUAGACCCACACAUCCAGCCCCAUCCUCUGUCCUAUCACCGGAGCCCCCAGCUUGUCCAACCCCAUCUCGCUAUGAAAAUGUCCUGGAUCUUUCAACUGGCUCCUUUGGGGACCCAUGUCCAGAGCCACCCCUCACCUCCCUCCAGUCAUCCAGUUACCCACCAUUGGCCCCAGAGACACGGGACCAGAGUCUUAGGGGCCCACCUAGCCCCUGCCCACCUCAGCUCUGCCCUUAUGGGGGUAGCCAGGGGAAGGGUAGCGAGAAGGCAGGACCAGAGUCUCCACAGGUUGGCUGGAGGGGCACAGGUGGCUCCACUAAAAAGCCAGGCAAUGGGGCAGGAAGACGGCCUGGGGAGCCAGGCUUUACCCCUCUCCGAGAGAGACUGAUAGCACUGGGCAAACUGAAGACAGGCCCUGAGGGAACCCCAAGCUCUGACAAGAAUGGCAGCCCUGGGAAGCUGGCAAUAGAGAGAGCCCGGCUGCCAGGAAGGCUGAGGGAAGGGACUGCAGACACGGCCCCCAGUUCCUUCAGGCCCCUGGAGCCCACUGAGGCGAAGGGGCUCCCACGGGGUGCGGUGCCCCUGGGUACUAACAGCCUGAAGCAGCAGGACCACGGGUCUUCUGGGGAACCAGGUCCUCGCUGCUACUCUUCACACUCUAUGGGUGCUCGUCUUGACCUGGACCCUGUUUCAUCUCGUGGCUGCCUCACCAAAGUGGAGCUGGCAAAAAGCCGGCUGGCAGGAGCACUGUGCCCCCAGACCCCACGGACCCCAGUCAAACUGCCUACCACAGUGCCCAGCUCAGGCAAACCCAACAAAAGCCCCCAUGGCAGUCCCACCAAGCUGCCCUCCAAGUCACCCACCAAGGUGUUACCCCGAGGUGGAUCUCCCCAAGUGUCCAAGGACCUGGUUAAGUCCGAGAAGGGCAAAGGGCCCCCUUGGGCAGACUGUGCCCCCUCCCAGCCAGUGCCCAAAGUAGCUAGCCCAGGAGGCCAAGGCCAGGGUUCUGAGGGGCCGGCGCUCCAUUCAGCCAUAGAGGAGAAGGUCAUGAAGGGCAUCGAGGAGAACGUGCUCCGACUACAGGGCCAGGAUCGGACACCAAGCACAGAGGCCAAGCACCGCAACUCAAGCAGCAUCGUUAGCUGGUUUGGACUAAAAAAGAGCAAGCUGCCAGCCCCGAGCCGCCGAGCGGAUCCUGGGAAGAACAAGGAAAGUCUGGGGGGCACUCCCCUUGGCAAGGGGGGCAAGCAGGAGGCCCGCAAGCUGGAGACCGAGAGUCUCAACAUCUCCAAGCUGAUGGCCAAGGCCGAGGACCUGCGGAAGGCCCUGGAAGAGGAAAAGGCCUACCUCAGCAGGCAGGGCCGGGGCCGGCCAGGGGGCCCGACACGAGGUACAAGUGGCAGCGAGGUGGUGCUGGGCCAGGGACAGAGCCAGCUCACCAUCAUGUACCAGGGCACCGACACCUUCAUGCAGCAGCUGCUCAACCGGGUAGAUGGGAAGGAACUGCCCCCUGAUAAUUGGCAAGAGUCCAAGCAAGAUUUUGGAGAUUUUCAGUCGUCUGUUCCUGAAACCAAGGGCCUCCAGCCACUCCGAAGCCCCCGAAAUGGCCUAAUUGGUCAAAGUGCCAACAAGUCAUCUGGGAAGAAGAGCAGUGAGCUGGCCCAGAGGGAAGCGGCCCCUGCCGAGGACAGACUCGCUGAGCCCAUCCCAACCCCGAAUUUCACAGCCUGUAGCUCCCUAACCCGAACUCUGGACAGCGGCAUUGGUACCUUCCCACCACCAGACCACGGUAGCAGCGGAGUCCCUAGCAAAAACCCACCCAAGCCAAAGCCUUCUCGCCUGGACCCACCCCCUACUGAGCAUUUGUCCCGACCCUACCCCCUCACCAAGGUUCCCCAGCGGGCCAGAACACUGGAUCGAGAGGUGCCUGCUGUGGAGGAGCUGCUGGUGGGCGGAAGGAACCCGAGUGUCCCUGCAUUCCAUGCUCUGCUUUCUCCCACUCCUAGGCACCAUGGACACAAGGCCUGCACAGAUGAUUCCAGUGGGCACCCUGGACGGCCACCCCCAAUUCAGCUCUCCAAAAACUGGACUUUCCCUAACACACGAGCUGGUGGCAACUCUUCUGACCCCUUCCUUUGUCCACCCCAUCAAUUAGAAGGGCUUCCCAGGACACCUCUGGUCCCCCCACUUGAGAGGAAGCAGGCUUCAGAGGGAGGCCACCCACCUCCAACAACCUCUGGCCCAACUUUUAGUGGCAGUCGUACGCCCAGCACCUCAGACAUGGGAGAGGAUGGACGCGCCUCCGGUGGGGGCCCUCCUGGAUUGGAAACGUCAGAAUCCCUCAGUGAUUCUUUGUAUGACUCCCUAUCCUCUUGUGGGAGCCAAGGCUGAGUUGGAGAACCAAAUGCUGGAAAUAUUCUUUGCUCACCACCCCAAACCAGAAAUGGAGACAAUAGAUUGUACUCAUAAACUUGUUUUUUGUGGACCAGAAUAAGGGAUUGCUCUGCUUUGGGACCUAGUUUGAAGCACAUCCCCCAGGAGAAAAAUAGAUGGAGAAGAAGAAAUUACAGUUCACCCUCCCUUCUAACCUAAAUCACCCAUUGGAAGGAUCAGAUAACUGGUCUCAACUUAGAGACUCCACCUUAUCCUUUCUCUUGCUCAGAAUAAGACCUUGACUUUCUGCCCCAUCUUGAAACCCAGGGGCACCAUAUUAUGGUGCUGGGCUUCCCCUCACUCUCCCACUGGCUGUCCCAUCUUUGCUUCUUGGCCUCCAGUCUGAUCUGACUACUCACCAUUUUCUAACACUCACCUUGGAUAAAGGCCAGAAAACUGUUGGUGGAUUGGAAGCCAGAAGGAGGUGUCGGAGUUUGCCCUCUCUCCCCCAUCUCACUUGCCCCAAGGUCUCAGUGCCCCUCUGUGGGCCUCCUUGCUCUUUGGAUGGUGCUGUCCUGACCCUUACCCCAUGUCUCUGGGGCUUUGUUUAGGAGGAGAGUUGUUCUGUUCUGUUUAGUUUUGUUCACAUUAAAAUCAUUUCCUCUCUUCUC